AUGACAUGUAAAGAUAAUCUUGGAAUGUGUGGAGGCCAUCCUUGUGGAAAUGGAACGUGUACAAAUAAUUGCGUGUCCUUUUCAUGCACAUGUUUUUCAGGGUACAAUGGAAAUCAAUGUGAAUUUGAAUGUGGAAGUGGCACAUUUGGUCAAAACUGCACUCAACUUUGUGGUCAGUGUAAAGAUGGUGUUGGAAAUUGUGAUCACGUGACUGGUGUAUGCUCAAAUGGCUGCGCCGAGGGGUAUAUUGGCAAUAAGUGUGACUUUAAGUGUCCAGAAGGUAUUUGUGAAUCAAACUGUACGGAAAUAUGCAAAGGAUUGACCUCUACCUACAAUGAACAAACCGACCUAUGUGAUGGGUGCUGUGCUCUUUGUUUAGGGGAUUCUGAAGGAUUGGAAAUGAACAAAAAUGCUCGUCUUGUUGAGGGAUGUAAUUUAGAAGUGUAUGGCUUGCUGACUGCACUCCUAGUUUCACUUCUGAUACAUUGCGGAUUCCUUACGAUGUAUUUUUUAAGAUUAAGGCGAAAAAGAAAGGACAUCUCCACUGGUACCACACCGGAGUAUGCUAAUGUGAAGUCAGGGAAGGCAUCAACUGACCAUCCGAAUCAGGAGAAGACAUCAACGGAGAUUAACAUUUAUUAUGAAGCAUUACAUAACAAUACAAGUGUACAGGAUGCACAUAAUUAUGCGUCAUUAGUAAAAUGAGAAAGCUGAACAGAUGGAUACAUUAUACAG